AUGCCGAUGUUACUUCCUGUUAUUUCACUUUGGAAAGCCACUAAAGUCUACUCUACUCGCUACGCUGCUAAGAUCGGUAGAGAAUUCUGUGGCUCCGUAUAUCCCGCCAAUCAGCUCCUUGAUUGGAUCCCUGAAUGUGGUGAAGGCCAUGAGCAGGACAAACUUGUUCCUCGUAAGACUCAAGCAGCUGUAGGCCAGGCCUAUCUUAUGCUUCCAAAUGGCCAAGCUCUUGCACCUGAUAGCGUUUGGACACAAAAUGAGUGGUCUGCACCUCGAGCAGAGUCCCGAUGA